AUGUAUGUUAGAAGAGAUUCCAUUGAUCUUCUCCGAUUCCAAGGUAUCGAUUUCAACUGCAAUGUCAUUCACGGUGUCAAUUCAUUCCACUUUUCUGAGUUGAUGGUGACGUCUGGACUUGUCUUCCAUAAAGCAGUGACGUGGGUGACAUUUCACGGAACCUACGAUUUUGAAUAUCUUGUGAAGAUACUGACACAGAGUAAUCUUCCGUUUAGCUUGGGAGAAUUUUUGGGUGUGUUGAGAUUCAUAUUUGGAAGGAGUGUCUAUGAUAUGAAAUACAUGAUCCGUUAUUGCAAUGGACUAUACGGUGGUCUCGAACGUGUACACCACAAGAAGAAAGGCAAGUGGUUGCAGUCCAAAUAA